AAUAAAAACUUUGAAAUGUGGGAGGAGUAUGAUAAGCGAAUUGAUGAAAAGGGAAAAGAACGUUACAAGUGUAAAGCAUGUAAAAAAGAAUGGGCAAAAAAUGCAACUCGAUUGCAAGAACAUUUACAAACCUGCACUGUUAGAAAUUUAACAUCAAAUGAGUCAUCUGAAUCAUCUACACGGUCUGCAAUAUAUGCUGUAUUAGCUGAGGAUAGUAUCGAAAUCAAUGAUAAUGUUAAAGAAACAAUUUUAGAUUAUGGAUUUUGGAUAGAUCUUAAAAAACUACAUGAUUUUUUAGAGCCAUUUAUUAUUUUUAUACGCCAAUUAGAAAGCGAUGAGCCAUAUCUUUCAUUGGUGUAUAAAACUUUGCAAAACUUAAAAAAUAAAGUUACAAAUAAUUCUCAAAUUCCUGAAGAAUUACGUGCCGAUAAUGAAGAUCAAGUAUUAAAUGAGUUGUCCGAAUAUAUUGGAAAAUCAGGAGGUUUUGCCAAGAAAUAUUUGUGGAAUGAUCUUACUUUAAAACCACUUAACUGGUGGAAUCUUUUAGUAAAAGAUUUGCAAAGUGAUAAUAUAGUUGAACAAAGCAAUAAUCAGAGUGGUGAUGAAAAUGAAAAGCCUGAAGACAAUUUUGUUGACUUUUCAAACAGGCUUCUUAAUAUGUUUGAUAAUGAUGAGCAUGAUAAUUAUCUUGAAGAAUAA